AUGGCAGGUCGGGGCAAGCAGGGCGGCAAGGCGCGCGCCAAAGCCAAGACGUGCUCGUCGCGGGCGGGUCUGCAGUUCCCGAUCCUGGAGCUGGCGGGCAACGCGGCGCGCGACAACAAGAAGACGCGCAUCAUCCCGCGCCACCUGCAGCUGGCCAUCCGCAACGACGAGGAGCUCAACAAGCUGCUGGGCCGCGUCACCAUCGCGCAGGGCGGCGUGCUGCCCAACAUCCAGGCCGUGCUGCUGCCCAAGAAGACCGAGAGCCACCCUCAUAAAGUCCACUCCAAGUAAUACCUCAGAAGCAGUAAAGCUUAGCGAGUAAAAACAAACACAAACUGAACCAAAAGCUCUUUUCAGAGCCACCCACAUUUUCUGAGAAAGAGCUUAGAUUUACAAAAAAGUUAACAAAGAACAGUAACGGAUUCACCUGCAAUAAAUAAGGAUUUAGUUGACCACAACUCUUUUUAACAGGACGCGGAAAACUACCUAGUUAAUGGUGACUGAGACCUCUGAAGCAGUUUGCUUUUACGUGCAGUAAUUUUUCCAACGGAACUGUUUUAGCCCUCCAGAGUACACAGCCAUCUGGCAGGCUCUUGGGGGCAGAAGUGCCUCUCUUUGGCAAAGGAGCAAACUUAGAUUAGGGCUGUUGUGACAACAACAAACUUAGCACCAAACAAGGGGUAUGACUGGCCUUUUGAGCCUUUGUGGAUUAUCAGAACAUUGUGACUCAGCUCCUUGAGAUCAUUAACCUAAUCCCACCCACUGCUGCAAGAAUCCGUAAGAGGGCAGUGAGAUAGGCUGGUCUGUCACUUAUGGUUUCUUCUCUUGUCCCAUGAGUCCUCUAAAAUCCUGAAAUUUAUCAGAACUGGACCACAUUGAACAUUCUACCUAGUAGAAAUAAAACUGACAUGCGACUACCUUCCCAUCUUAAACUAUACAUUCUUACACAGUCCAACUAAACUCACCAGUAUGUUAAUCAACCAAUAAUAUAUGACCAUCAUAUAAGAAUGGCACCCAUAACACAAUGCUGGAAAUAACUAAAUUUGUUGCCUUCACUGGAAUAUAACAAUAUUAUUAAAUCACUGACCGUUUUCUCUUUAAAAUCUAGCAGGAAAAUUUGGGAUUCCCCAGAUGAAUCUCCUCUCCCUUUGUUAUCACAGACAAAUUAAAUCCUACAUGAU